AUCAUUGAAGAUAUUCGUGAUAAUGUAGAUCUCAUCUGUUUGUUGAUCACUUGCAAAAAGUAUUACUAUGCUUUCAAAAAUGAUUUCACAAGUCUGCUUCAGUUUAGAGAUAUUCAUUAUAUCGAUGAGGCUUCAGAGUUGUACUACAAUACUCUUGUUCAUCAUCAUCUGGUAUCCUCAACAUUCAACUUGAAACCAUUUAAAUCUUUAUUUGAUCGAUCUAUAUCAAAUCAACUAGUUAUUUUACCUUCAUCCUCCUCAUCUUCAUCCUCUUCAUCAUCUACUUCAUCUACUUCUUCUUUAAUUGAUGUAAAGAUUGCAUUAAUAGGAUAUCCAGCAGGAAAGAAUUAUGGUGGUGAUAAAGAGACCCUUUUACCAAAUACAACUACAACAUUGUAUGUACCUGAAGGAGCCGAUCUUCCACUACAUCUACCACCUCUACUCGAAGAAUUGGAUGUAACGAAAAGUAAUAGUCAAAUUGGAAAUGGGUAUUUACCUCAUACUCUCAAGUAUCUUCGGUAUGGAUACCCAGACAAGAUUGCAAAGGGGUCGUUACCACCCUCUUUGGAGACUGUUAUCUUUGAACCUGCAAACUUUGUAUUUGCCAAUGCAAACGCUCUAGUAUCCCUUCCUUUGUUAUCAAAGUUGCAAAUCUAUGGUAAAAUGGAAGGAUCAGUCUUGUGCAACAUACUAUCAACACCUUCUUCACUCACCUCUUUGACAAUAUCUAUUACUCGUGUUCCUACAGACCUCCACCUCUUCCCAACAACAUUAAAAACACUUAGAGUCAAUAUCUCUCAAACCUCUUCCUACACUCUACGUCUUGACAACCUUGUAUCGCUCGACCAACUCUAUAUAUUUGCCACUCCACAUCCCGAUAUCGCCACCACCGACUUUAUCUUGCCUUCAACGCUAAAAGAUCUAUCGUUCGACUUGCCAACCGAUAUUCCCAAGACAUUCCUCCCAACCUCUCUCACGGCACUCGAUAUGAGUCUCCAACGCUUUACUCGUAUCGAGCCAAAUGCACUACCCUCGAAUAUAACCAACCUCUCGCUUCGUCAAUGCUCGAGAUUGUUGCCACCAGGGUUCAUUCCGAUGAAUGUCAAGGAAUUGGAAAUCAGAUUCAGUCGUGAUGGAAAAUUGUCAGAGGGUGCCAUACCAGAGUCUGUUCAUACAUUGGAUUUAGACAACUACACUGGACUGAUCAAUCCCCAAUUCAUCCCAAAUUCGGUUAAAGCUCUCACUCUAUUCCGAUAUGCUUGUGUAUUUAAUGAGUUCACAGUGUUUCCAAAUCAACUAGAAUCAUUUGAAUGCAGUUCCAUCAUACGUGUACCAACCCUUCCAAAACUAUUUCCACCUAGUUUAAAGUCUUUAGACUAUAGCCAAUUAAGAACUAGUUUCCCAAACGAUUUGACAAUACCAUCUUCAAUCGAAUCACUAUCUAUUCACUGUGAACCUAUUCGGUCUGGUCCAUCAACAGAAUCAACUAGACUCUACUCUGUUUUUACUAUUCCUUCAAAUAUUACAAUCAUUAAUAAUCAAAAUAAUCAAAAUAAUCAAAAUAAUACAACAACAAAUAAUAAUAAUAAUAAUAAUAAUAAUAAUAAUAAUAAUAAUAAUAAUAAUAAUAAUAAUAAUAAUAUUUUACCAAAAUCAAUUAAUAUCAAAAUAUCUAAUAGUUAUCAAAAUCGUCAUCCAUUUAGUGUUGAAAUUGGUCAAUUUGUUCAUGGUAAUGUGGAAGAGUUUGAUAUCUAUUGUUAUGGUGAUGGGAGUCAAUCAUUGUUUGGUGGAGUGGUCAACAUUGCAGACAAUGCAAAGUUGUACAUCAAUUUCAAAAACAAAAAUAACUCUUAUCUACCCACCAUCAGUAAAUCUUCUCCCAUUUACACCUAUUGCGAUCAACCAGAUGAUUUGACAGAUGAAGAUGAUACUGAUGAUUUUUUGACCGAUAAUUCUGAUUCAAUAAUGGAUGAAGAUAGUCCCUCCUCUGAUCAAGAAAUCGAUGACGAUGAAUAA